CGUAUAAAAAAACAUCGGUAACGAGCAAACGGGCGGAAUGAUCGGGAGUGCGUGCGCGCGCGUUGACCACUGCGAUUAGUCGCCAUAUUGAUCUCUCGCUCGUGGGGCCGUUAUCACAUCGCGCGCCGUGAUAUUUCCGAUCGACGUUUCAUUCUUAUUUGUUUUUUUUUUCCCUCCGUCUAACUAAUUCUCUUUCAAUCGUCCCGUCUCACUCGUUCGCCUUUUGACGUCCCCUCCUUUUUUCCUCAUCGUCACCGUCAUUGUUACACGCGCCUCGCUACUAUUAUACUAUUGACUACGUUCCGUACGCGAUGAACAGCACACGGACCGACCGUUCGCCGGCCGAAUGUUGUUGUUGAAUGUAACGACGACUGCUAUUGAAUGUAACGACGACUGCUGUUGAACGUAACGACGACGACCGCGGGUGACUAACCGAAGUAAACUCUCUCGCACGCACGUACGCGACACCGGGAACAGCGCAAUCAUUGUCCCAGUAGCACGGUACUCUUGUCCCCGCUGACCGGAAGAGAUGUCCACGGACGAUAAGAAACCGUUGUUGGACGACGACGUGGCCGUCGAUCCGUCGGCCACGAUGAAAGCGUCAGAAGCAGGUUCCCCUUCAUCGUCAAUAAUUGAAUCUACUACAAUAUCCACUAAUAUUAAAAAUGGAGGUUCGGAUUUUACUGUUCCUGAAAUGGGACCUGAAAAUUCUGCUUCUAAAGUCACUUGUAGAGUUUGUCAAGAUAUGAUUGAUGUGGUUGGUAAAAAAGAACAGCAUGUUGUUAAGUGUAAUCGUUGCAACGAAGCUACUCCUAUAAGAAGUGCUCCAUCUGGUAAGAAAUAUGUACGCUGUUUGUGUCACUGUCUUUUAAUUUGCAAAAGCACAUCACAGCGUAUUGCUUGUCCACGUACAAACUGCAAACGAGUAAUCAACUUAGCACCAAGUCCUGUGACGCCACCAGUUCCUCAGGUUCCUGGAAUGUGCCGUGUUACAUGUAUCCAUUGUCAGGAUACAUUCCUCUUUAAUAUGUUACAAAAUGCAUUGGCUAGGUGCCCACAUUGCCGCAAAGUUUCUUCAGUUGGCCCUGAAUUUGCCCAAGCGAAAGCCAUAUUUUUCCUUGUGGUAGCUGUAAUUCUGUUCAUUGUUGGUGCAAUUAUUGCAUAUUUCACAUUUUCAUAUGGAAAUACUAAUAGAGUUUAUUUGAUUAGUAACAUUGCUAUUUUCUUGUUAACACUCUUGGCUCUAUGGAAAUCUGUGUACUACUCUCGAAUUAAAGUCAGUUCUAUCGAUGGACCAGUUUAAUAUGAAAUAGUAAUAAUAAUAGGUAGAUUUUAAAUGUUACUCAAAUAAUGGCCAUUUUAUAUUUAUUAAAAAAAAAAUA